UGCCGAUGUGGCUGUGAGGCAAGUUGGGCACAACUCUCGAAUGUGGAAAAUUAGUGAAAUGGAAGUAUUGCUUUUGUUUUUGCUUUUUACUGUUGGGUACAUGAAUGCAAAUCAAGACGAACGAUUGCCCAACAAAUGUGAAGUUUGCAAAUACUUGACGGUGGAGCUUCAGGCUGUGCUUGACAAAACUGGCAGAUCCAAGGAGGUGCUGGAGGUGGGAGAGGUCCUGGACACGGGAAAACGCAGACGCAAGAUCAAAUACAAUACAUCGGAAACGCGUCUUACAGAGGCCCUUGACAACAUCUGCGAGGGCAUCCUGCAUUAUAGUGUCCAUGCCGAGAGACCAGGCAGUCUUCGAUACUCCAAGGGCACCAGUCAGACCAUGGCUACGCUGAAGAACUUGGUGAACAAAGGAGUUAAAGUGGAAUUGGGAAUUCCCUAUGAGCUCUGGGACGAGCCUUCUGUAGAGGUAUCUGACAUGAAGAAGCAGUGUGACACGAUGCUGGAGGAAUACGAGGAAGUUGUGGAGGACUGGUACUUCCAUCACCAGGAAGAGAGACUGGAGAGGUUCCUGUGCGAGAGCCAUGUGUUAAAGAGCUCGGAACAAGAGUGUCUGACGGAGGUGUGGAAAGGGGACACUGGACUGGAUGAUGGAAAGACAGCUGCACUCAGGAACAGUGGCGAGGGAAAGACCCAUGAUGCAGGAGAACUUUGAAAUCAGUUGAUCUUAGCCUUGCUAAAAUGGAUUUCCUCGUCUCAAACACUACCAAAAUAUAUCACAGUUAGAUGAUGCUGUAACCCCCUCUGCUGUUCAAAGUUGGUUAUAGCAGAAGGGCCUCGUGAUCCUUCUCAACUUGCAAGCCAUCCGUCUUCCUUGACCAAACUGUGUUCAUCCGUGUCUAUUACCUACUUACUUGUCAACAUGACAAACACCAAGUGGUGGCAAACCUUUGGCCGCUCUAGAAGCAGUCAUGAUGACAUUUUCUCCGUUGUUACCAAUCUGCAGCAUCAGCAGCAUCGGUCUCCCUUCUGUCGAGAUGAUCAUCAGGCUUCACAGGACAUCCUCGUGUCUACCUGCCUUCACUCCAGCUGUUGACUGCCAUACUGUGGCCUGUGUUUCACAGGGAGUUCCCAGGAUGGCGGUUGGAUUGCAGCUUCCUGAUCAACUGGUUGUUGAGGCACAGUGUCCAGUGGGAGCAUUCCCAGAUUGCCUUGAAUAUUAGGGUGAAUUCAAGUGAGUUGCCUCCAGCAUUUUGUCAAAUUUGGAUGGAAUUUUGGAUGGAAACUUUGGAGAAAAUGAAAAGUCUCUUUAAAUGUUCUUAUCUGUUGGUAACGUUGUGUAGUAUUUACACUGCACGAGUAUACUGUAUGUACAAUGUGUUUUGAUGUCAGGUGAUUUUACCUAAAGGAUUUUAAGUGAGCUUGUGGAAAUGAUAAACUUUGAAUGGCAAGUUUAUAUCAUUUUGAAUGGCAGAGUAUAUCAUUUCAGAAGAAUGAAUAUGGUCAUUAUUUUAACCUUUUAGUAUUUGUUUCUAGCCCUCUCAUGAUUGCCUAUGGGACAACUCGGGGAUAUCUUCCACAUAUGAACACAUACACUACCGCUCAAAAGGUUAGGCGUCACCACACACUUCCCCCCACCAUACUUCUUUCUUAUAAUUUGGCUUAUUCCAUUUCAAUUUUUGUUCUAGUUUGAAACCAGUUUGUUGUGCCAUUGUUAUCUGGAAUGUAUCCUUAACUUUUGACUAAUCAAAGUAUAGACACGGUUGGCAUUUAUAAUAGCCAGUUUUCACCUUCGGCUGUUCAGUACGUUCAGCAUGUCUUUGUGCCAUUUGUGCCAAGCUAUUCAAUGGAUGUCUACAACUUAAUUUGCACACAAAAAAACCAAGAAAAAUUAGGGUGACCAAACUUUUGAACGGUAGUAUAUCUACAACUGCAAAUCCUAUACAUCCAAAGAUCUUAAUUGUGUCCUAUUGUAAACAAGCAUCUGUAGGGAAAAAAAGGGGGAACACAAGGGAAUUGACAGAUCAUAAGUUUAACCUUUUUUCAGUUUUACACACACGUGUCCGCAGUUUUAUACACGGCCACAGUCGUGUAGUGGCAACCUAUGGCUAUGAAGGGAUGCAAAGAGAAUUAAAAGUACUGUUUACCUUGUUACAAGUUGCUGAUCAACUCUUUUGUAAUAUUAAAACAUUUUAAAAUACA